GUGACUGCUCAUAAUGGGUUUCCGAGAGCGAGUAAAAAAUCUCGUGUUCAAUCUUCCAUUUACAUUUUCUUGCUUGUCACUUCUCUCUCCUCUCACAGCCAAAACUCCCUGUUCUUCCAUUAGAUCUCCGGCUUGUCUUAAUGAUGACUCCAACAGAGAAAUUAAAAUCCUCAGACGACCCUUUUGCUCUUCUUGUGUAUUGUUCAUCGAUGAUCUUCUCUUUCUAUUGUCAGCCAUUCGAUUUUCUCUUUCUAUUUGUUCGAAUCUCUUUAGCAAAUUUGUAUUAAGGAAUGCUCAGAUCACCAAUCAUUUUAGUGGCAGUGGUUUCACUCUUAGAGUCCCAAUUUGGUUUGGCUACUGUUCACAAACGAGAUAUCUACUGUUCAUGCUAAAUGUCUUCUCUAAAUUACUUGUUUUCCUCCCGUUUUGUAUUCUUGAAAGGGGAAAAAAAUAGAAGAAGGCAUUUACCUUAAUCUCUGCCUCUCUUUCAUUUGCCGUCGAAAUUUCAAAGUUUCGACAAUCAAUCUUCGUCCAGUGUUGUCUUCGACGUCUUUUCGAUCUACCAGCAUCAGGAUGAACAAAGGGUAAACCGAGGGUUUCAACUUCAUCCACAUCCAAUCACCUUAUUGGAGUUUCCUCAGCACUAAGCAGUGGAAGAAGCAGCACCACCAUGAUGGAAGCGGCUGUUUAACGAUGCAGAAGUAGCAAAAUGAUGAGAGGGUUGGAGAAACAUUUGAAGAAACUCAAACAUUGGAUGCUUGACAAGCUCGGUGGAGCAAUUGCAAAUGGGAACUUUCAUCUCCUCUGUGACACCGAGGGCACGUUUCGGAUCCAUUCAGUCAGGGACGAGGAGAUAAAGGUUUGUUAUAGUGGCUUUAUUUUUUCACUUGUAGGUUCUUUUAUGAAGUAGUGCUAUUUUCCAUAAGUUAAUUGAUAGGUCCCGGUCAGAACAAAGAUGAAAUGGUAGAAAAUAGUUCUUUCUUCAGGUGAAAGAAAACCACAAAUUUCUCUUAGGGUGAGAAAUAAACCACAAGUUACUUUGGAUAAAUAUUUCACUCCAUUUAUUAUUCAUGUUGGCUCUUUAAAUAAGCUACAACUCAACUACUUUUCCUAAACUAUUGCUACACACGAUGACUGUCCAGCAGAUCGUGGGAACUAAGAUAAACAACUACAAAGUAAACUAAACAAAUGAAGAACAAAUCCUAACUCUAAUCUGCAACGUGUCAAUAGAAAUUCCAUGGGCUAUUCCAUGUGUAUGCAUGCAUGAUCUUGGAAUUGGACUCCACUUCCCACAUGCAAACAACAAAACAGCCACAGAAUCUUCACAACUGAGCCACUAACUUGGUCUUAUUCUCGAAUUAAGGGCCAUGUUCUCUUUCUCACUUAUAAUUAAUUUUAGAAUUUUCGAAUUUUUCUUUCUUACUGCUAUUGGUCAUUCAGAUGUUCUUACCUUGAUUUUUUAAAAGUAAAUAAUUUCUACACGGAUAAUUUCAUUUUUUUUUCACAUAACCAUGGAAACAAUUAUUCCAUAUUGGAAUUCUUGUUAUAAUAAUAUCUCGUACUACUUGUUGAUGGUAAUAUUAGCUGCUGAUGCAACAUAUUCUGCCUCCAUCUAGUUUAAGCUUUGCAAUCCAGUUAGGGAAGAAGGGGUUCUGGACGAGGAUUUUAGUCAAAUUCAGAAAAUAUCCCUAGAAUCAAAAUAAACCGCAUACAAGCUCUAGAUCAGUUGGUUGUAGAUUGCCAGAGGUAUUGGACAAUUAACCACAUUAAAAGAGUUUUUUUUUUAUUCUGAUGUUGGAAAAUAGAGAUUAAAUUUUCGAUUGCCGAUAUGAUUCUCAUGCUUGUUAAUUCUUAUCAUGUUAGGCUGUUACGCUAUUCAUUCUUAUCUAGAGCAGAUUUUGUUGACAUGGCUUUUUCCAUGUUCAUCCAGUCGGUCAUCCUAUGAGCUUAUAGCACAUACUUUACAAAGUUGCUUACUAGACUUAUAGUUGAGAAAAUGAUUAAAUUAUUUGAAGGAAUAUCCAUUUAUACUUUCAUAUUUAGUUAAAACAACAAUGAGAUGAGAAGAAAAGCUCUAUAAAUCACUUACCACAGAAAAAGAAAAAAUGUUAUGUUUACCAAGGAAGAUAAUCUCUUGUUCAUUGGAGAACUCAAUUAGUCACCUAUAGAUCACUUAUUAUAUAAGCCUAUUCUAUAUAUCAAGCUUGUUCUAAAGUGUUAUAUCUUCGCUAUUCUUCCAAGAAUCACAGGCUCUGCUUCUUAGCCUUGUCUUAUGCAGCUGAAGUGAAAGUAGCACACUUUUGAGAUUCUUCUAUGACAGGAUAAGAAACAGAGAGUUUAUAUUGUUUCUACUCUGGAGGAUACAAAUGUGAAUUUGAAAUGUAAUGUACUUUCAAAUUUUAUAGCUUCACUAAAUUUUGGCCCGUAGAGGGUUGUCUUAUGACUAGAAGAAUCUCUUGUACUAAUAAUGAUAUUUUGCCUUUUAAGCUUACUUAUUUUGCUUGCUAAUGGACAUUGUAUCCUGGCAAUUGAUGUUGGGCAGCUCUGUCUUAGAGGCUUCGUUUGGGAAAAAGAAGUUUAAAAAUGACUUCAGAAUAAGCACUUGGAGAAAUGCUUUAGGUUUCUCAUUGCUUGCUAGGUCGUAUGAUAGCAUAUCGACCAUUGAUUCUAAUAUGAGCUUUACUUCAAUAUGAGUGGGUGGUAUGCAACGAAACUGAGAGCAAGUUUGGAAGAUCUGUUCGAAGAACCUCAAAUGUUCCGGUAAGCUGCAUCUAGAGGUACCACAAGCUGCUUUUGGAGGUAUAAUUGAGGCUUUGAGGCUAAAUAAAUUGAAAGAACAGAGGCUAUAAUUUUAUCCUCCCAAAAUAUUAAUUGUUGAAAAUUUGAUGCUGCUCUAAAAGACAUGUUGCUAAACUGGAUGGAAGAUGCGGUGCCUUAGUUGAUAGUGUAUGGAAUAAACCUGUUCCAUGUUGUGCUUGCUGACCUCGAAAACUUGGAUCCCUUGCCACCUGCUUGUUGAAUCACCCUCCCAUAAACCUUUUUUCUAUCAUUGGAGCACCUAGAGAGCUACUUUACUGUGAGAAUUUGUUGUCAAGUAAAGUCUAGAAUUUGAAGAUGAAGAAUUUGGCUAGGUUUCUAUUUUCACUUGCUUUUCUUGUGAUAUUCUUCAUUAAGCAAUUCUUUUAUCCUUCUCUCUCAAAAAAUUCUUGAUUUGAUAAACCGUUUUAAUAGUAAUGUUACAUAUAUUCACUUGAAUAUGGUUAAGUGGUGAAUUUUUUAGUAAGAAAUUUCCAUCAAAGACAUUAAUCAAAAUGAAUUUAUUUGAAGUUACACCUGAUUGUAUAAAUUUUAAAAUGGCUUACCAAAUGAGUUCCUUUUGUGUAUGAGUUGACUCGUAUAAAGAAGUGGCUAUGAUGAUUUCACCUAUUUCUCUGUAUCUACACAGAGGAUAUUGCAUAGGCCAUGUGAUGACCACUAAGUGGAAUGAAUAAGAUUAAGAGGGCUACCUGACAUAACCAACAAUAUGAAAUGAAGCGUGUUUGUAGCAGAAUUCCAUGGUAUUGUGACCAAUGUUACAUGUAUAAAGCUAUUACAAAGGCUUGACUAAAUAUGAAUAACUUUCAGUGAUUUGAGAACUAGCAAAAAUUAUGUUACAACAACCAAAUAACCUGGAUAUCUAAAUGCUUCAUGAUUCAAAUACUUCUUACAAUUUUACAUGUCGUGUCUGAGAUACAAUUUCAUUUGUUUUACAAUUAUCCCAUUAAGUAUCAUUGAUGAAGAGCUCUGUCAAAUAUUAUGGAUAAAUUAUUUGGAGGUUACGACUUGAAGAAUCCUAAAGUGGUUUCUCUUGACUAAAGCUACUUGAGCUUUCUUGUAAAAGGUUGAAAGAAAAGAAUUCACAUUAUUGUACUUUGGGGAUUACUCUUAAGCUGUAAUUAACUGUUUAAAUAUCAAGUAAUUCCCUUUAGCUUCGCUGUUUUACUUUGUUGAUAAUAUAGUAUGACUAAGUUGCCUUCCCUUGAAAGAAAGGAUCAGUACAGUACUGUUCAUUUGGGUGCCUGUGUGUUCGCACUGGAUUUGAUUGGAACUGGAUUCCCGCUGUUCAUUACAAAAAAGCUUUCACUGUUUAUUUUUUAUGUUAAACGAUGUUGUUUUUGGAGCUCAUUUAUGUUAAGCGAUAUAAAGAGAAGAAAAGUUCAACGAGGAGCCAUUUAUUGUCAGUACCAUUUAUUUACACCCUAAUUUCAUCUAUUUGUUCCCAUUAUAGAGAACAACUCUAAAGAAUUUGCACAAAAGCAUCCUGUAAAUUACGAAUCACAGCUUCAUUUCAGUCGUGUAUGUUUGUUACAUUUUCUUUAGACUUUUUGUUUAGUAGGAGAUUUUGUUCCCUCUUUGAUUUCAAACUAUUCCUCAAGUUUCCAAAAAGAACGAAAUUUUUUUUAUGGAAAUAGCAGACUGGUGAUAUGAGGUAUGUUGACUUCAUGGUUGCUUCUUUUAGGAUUAUCUUUUUCUUGAGUUCAUGUUUUCUUCCUUUUGAGAAAUAAUUUCUUCAUUUGUCGAUUUCAGAUGAUUUCAGCUUCAAAUCUUCUGUAUUUUGAACUCUUUCUUUCUUUUCUUGUUUCUGUGUACACAAUUUUAUAUUUUUAGUAACUUUGAACUGAGUUAAUAAGUUCAUUGAAUAUUCGUUACUGUGUUUUAUGGUUCCCCAUUUUGCUCCGAACAUUUUAACCCGAUGUUGUAGCAUAAAAGCAUUGAGCUAGGAUGACUUGCCUUCUCAUAUGUUGGUUGAAGAUGAUCUUACAAGGCAUUCAGAACUAGUCUCGAAGAGAAUGAAUAAGAAAUUAAAAAAAAAUGAAAAAAAGUAAGGAAAUAAGUAUGAGCCCAACAUCUUAUUAUUGUUCUCCUUCGAAAACAAGGGAAAAACAUUUCUUUUUUGACAAUAAACGGUCAUAAUGUUUUGGAGAUAGGAAUAAAGGUUGCUUUGAGUAUUUUGAUAUCGUUUUUGUCCUUCAAAAUGUAGAUACUCUAUAGAGUACCACCGAGCACUACUUUUACCCGCAAAUAAUAUAUAAAACUAUUUUACUAUCCUUGAGAAUUAUUUCUACUCCCUAAUAGUAGCAAAAUCAAAAUAUAAAAAAAUUUUGCUCACUAAUAUUAAUGAAAUGUCAAGGAUUUCUGGUAACACUAAACACGCUAACACUGCCUUAAAAAAACACGCCACUCGUGCAUUGCACAAGCAUUGAACUAGUUUUAUUACAUAAUACUGAGAUGACAUGUUAUUUGAUUGAAGCUCACACAAACAAGAUUAUCACCCUUACUGGUGACAAGAAUGCCCAUUAUUGCUUGCAACCUCUGCACAAUUGAUCUAUUUCCCACUAUGAUUGUUCUGGCUUUAUCAAUUAAAUAUUUCUCUUUUCGUUUUCCUUCUUGUUAUUUUUAUUUUUAUAUACAAAAUAAAUUCGAUUUUGAAUAUCUCUUUAUUACCUAAAAUACCCUCUAAAAUCAUCCAGACUAAUUACUGUUUGCAAAAUCCUCAAGAUAAGGAUUAGAAAAGUAAUUUUCAAGGAAAACCUCCUGUAGAAGAUUUUAAAAGAAUCUUCGAUCCAAGAAAAUCAAGGUCAAGGGUACUUUGGUCAAUUUGAAGUCGAACGCAAACCUUUAUAAUCCUAUCAAGGCUUUUUCCUUCUCCUUCACCUCCAAAACUAUCGUAAAUCUGCGCGUAUUUUCUUGAAGCUUCAGUGGAAUUUAUCCGUUACAAUGGAGAUUACACAGAGUUCCAAAAACCCUGUGGAACCACCGACAGUUGAAGUUGGGACUUCCCGCAGAGAUGCUUCAGCCGUUCAUCAGGACUUCAGUAAGGAUUCUUCUAGUAAAAGACAAAGGUACAAGAAAAGAAGUAGAACAAAAUCUGACGGGGCAGAAAGUCUUUCCAAUAUUGAUGAUUCUGAGAUUGUUGGAUAUCUUAACAACAAAAAGGAGAUGCAUUUGAAAAGGAUGUUAUGGAAAACAAUGAAUAAAGAACAUGUAACGGUUAAGAAACAAAAACCAGCAACUGAAACAAAGAAAACUACCUCUGCAAGAAAAGCUGUUAAAACCAUCGAGAAAUUGGAACAGAAGAGAAGUUCGAGAAUCAAUUCUGAUUCUUUGAGACUCCUAAAUGAUGAUAUGGAACAAUGUUCUGGUGUGGCACACAACAUCGAUUUGAAACUUGAUUCUUGCAGAAAUGAUUAUUCACAGAACUAAAGCAUUACCACAUCCAAAAUGCAAAGAUCUGAAGAGGGCAAUUAUGAUGAAGAUGAAGAUCAACAGCAGAUCAUUUGUGGCGAAGAUGAUUUUAUAUACAGUCAUCAUAAUGAUGCGAUGCCUUACGGGUAUGAAGAUGAAUAUAAUGAAAAUUUUGAUUUCGAGGAUUAGUUUGGAGAUAGUUGGGAAUCAUGGUUUUUGAACAAUGUCAAGUAGUUAAAUAAUUUUUGAGGCAGUGCUUACUAUAUUUUUAUUGAAAAAUACCCCUCAACUCCACUUGAAUUAAAAUUUUGUUCUGUAGUGUUUCUCCAUAAAAUUGAUCCAAUAUUCAGUCAGUAUUCUUAUUGUAAAUAAAGGACUUCGUGCUUAUGUC